AUGUCAAGCAGUAUCGAGCUCAUCAAUCCCCGAGCGGAGAGUAUCCGUCGUACUCAGGCUUUACAGGUGAACACUGCCGGUGCAGUUGGUCUUGCGAAUGUCGUCAAAUCCAAUCUUGGACCAAGAGGUACGAUUAAGAUGCUUGUAGAUGGAUCAGGUCAGAUCAAAAUGACCAAGGAUGGAAAAGUAUUACUGUCAGAAAUGCAAAUCCAGAACCCCACGGCAGCUAUGAUAGCUCGUACUGCCGUAGCUCAAGAUGAACAAGUAGGAGAUGGAACUACCUCAGUAGUCUUGCUGGUCGGAGAACUGUUGAAACAGGCAGAUAGGUAUAUUCAAGAAGGUGUACACCCUAGAGUGAUAGGCGAAGGGUUUGAUUUAGCCAAGAAGGAAGCUUUGAAGUUCCUUGACGAUUUCAGACAAACUCCCACAAUGGAUCGAUCCAACUUAAUCUCCGUCGCUCACACAUCCCUCUCUACAAAACUCCAUUCCAAACUCGCUCACAAACUUUCUGCCGACGUUGUCGAUGCCGUAUUGGCCAUCCAACCGCCCGAAAAUGAAGAUGGCUCUAAGAGGGAUCCAAUCGACUUGCAUAUGAUCGAAAUUAUGAAAAUGCAACAUAAGACUGAUACCGACACUACUUUAAUCAGAGGUUUGGUAUUGGAUCAUGGAGCUAGACAUCCAGAUAUGCCUAAGAGGGUUGAGAAUGCUUUUGUGUUGAGUUUGAAUGUUUCGUUGGAGUAUGAGAAAACCGAGGUAAACUCGGGAUUCUUCUACUCUUCAGCCGAACAACGUGAAAAAUUAGUAGAAUCAGAACGUCGAUUCGUUGAUGCAAAAUUACAAAAGAUUGUGGAGUUCAAGAAUCAAGUUUGUGAUGUCACUGUAGGAUCGGAUGAGAAACCUAAGAAUUUCGUUAUCAUCAACCAAAAAGGUAUUGAUCCGAUGUCUCUGGACGUUUUGGCGAAGAAUGGGAUUUUCGCUUUGAGGCGAGCGAAGAGGAGGAAUAUGGAAAGGUUACAAUUCGCUUGUGGUGGUGUUGCCCAAAACUCUGUUGAUGAUCUCACCCCUGAUGUACUUGGUUGGGCUGGUUUGGUGUACGAACAUACCCUCGGAGAGGAGAAGUAUACUUUCGUGGAAGAUGUCAAAGAGCCAAAGAGUGUUACCAUGUUGAUCAAGGGUCCCAACGCACACACCAUGACUCAAAUUCAAGACGCUCUCCGAGACGGAUUCCGAUCCGUGAAAAAUGCCGUCGAAGACAACUCCCUAAUUCCAGGUGCGGGCGCAUUCGAAAUUGCCUGUUCAGCGCAUUUACAAACUGCCCUCAAAUCUACUAAAGGAAGAGCCAAAUUGGGUGUAUUAGCAUUCGCCGAAGCUCUUUUGAUCAUUCCCAAGACUUUAGCUCAGAAUGGUGGAUCUGACGUACAAGAUUCGAUUGUCGCGUUACAACAAGAACAAGAAGAGACGGAUGACCCAGUAGGGUUGGACUUGAAAUCGGGCGAACCUAUCAAUCCUGUUUUGGAAGGUAUUUGGGAUAAUUAUAGAGUAAAGAGACAGAUGUUACAUGGAGCUGCUACGAUCGGUGUGAAUUUGUUGAAUGUGGAUGAAGUGUUGAGAGCUGGUAGAUCAUCGUUAAAACCUGAGGGACCUGGACCAUAG